AAGGCGAAGAGAUCAAAGCUAAAUAUAUACAUAUAAACAAGCACUUUAGACACAAAAAUAUCAUCUCAUAUUGUGAUCAAGAGAUUAUCACUUUAGAGAGCCAUGUCUAAGGAGCCUCCAUCUCCCAUGGAUUCGUCGAGGCAAUUCGGUGUUGCGGAAAUUCUUAGAGAAGCCCUUUAUCUCCCAACAAGGAACAAGAAGCUCAUGCUUCCAACCAUGCUUUUGGCUUUCCUCACAAGCACCUUUUCCUUUAUAGGUAACUCCUAUAUUCCUAUAUAUCCUUUGCUUUUGAGCUUUUUCAUUAAGCUACACCUCCUUAGUGAGAAGGACCCCAACACUCCGCAAUUCUAUGAUCUACUCCUCGGAAUAAAGUACGAGGCAGCAGCUUUAUUGCGUUUCGAUACAAUUUUCAUGGUCUUCUCAUACAUCCUAUCUCUGCUUUCAAUCAUGAUCAUCGUGUAUUCCUCCUCAACAACUUAUUCAAAGAAGCAAUUGACGGCAACGGAUUUGUUGUUGAGAAUCAAAGGAUCAUGGAAGGGUCCAUUAGUGACAAAAUUCUACUUCACACUACUAUAUGUUGGCUAUAGUGUUCUAUCAAUCUCCUUGAUAGCUAUUCCUUUGCUUAAGGCCGACGGGUCGAUCCUACGGAUCGCGAUUUUCGCACUUCUUGGGGUCACAGCUCGCCUUUUCUACGUAUACUUAGCCAUGGUGUGGAUGGUUGGUUUGGUGAUCUCGAUUGUCGAAGAAGGUUGCUACGGACUCGAGGCAUUAGACAAGGCAAAAGAUGUUACAAAGGGUAAAAGGAUGCAAGGCUAUCUCAUUGCUAUUGUAUUUCUCUUAGGGGAUGGUGUUCUCAAUGUGGGAUACAUAUUUGAGACAACAAAUGGAGGGGGAUCUCAUGUAGUAAACAAGAGAGGCAAUGGAUUGGUUAUGUUUUGUGUGUACAUGUUGUUGAAGAUGUUCUCUUGCAUGGUAUAUAGUGUGUAUUAUUGUGAGUGCAAAAUGAGCCAAGAGAAGGAGAAUGAUGUAGCAAGGAGCUUCACAUACACAAGGGUUAUUGAUGAUCAUACUCCCAGUGUUGAUGAACAACUUGCCUAACUAAGGUUAGGGAAACAUUUUAAUUCUCUCUCUUUUUGGGGUGUUUGUAAUAGUGAACAACAAUUGUAUGCAUCAAUGAUAUGCCUUUGUUUUUAUUCA